AACAGGCGAGCCUCGAAACCGUCGCGUGAGUUCUUCUCUCUACGUGAACAGCGAUUUUUGGUCCCCCGGUUGGUUGCAUAAAAUUCAGUCCCGCUCGAAUCGCCCGGCGAUUCCUCCUGGAUACCCUAGACGAGGAUCCUGACGUUAAAGGACACGCGAGUUACUCGUGAACCACGUGUAUCUCGUGUUAUAAACGUGCACUACAGCCAACCAGUGACGCAACACGUUACAGUGACGUAGGUAUAAACGAAAAGCGGCGAUAAGUGGCACGAUAGCGUAACGCGCCUGCGUCGGAUCGACGUAUCUUGGGGUGUUCUUCGACAAGCGUAUAAUACCCUCAACUGCGAUUCUAGCCUAUCUCUUUCCUUCUUUGAUUAGUGUUACAACGCAUAAGAGUGUCGUUUUGGAUUAUAAAUAACAUCCUCAGCCAGCCACCCGUAAACGUCGUUUGAAACAUCCGUUUGUCGAGAACCAAUGUGACAAUAAUUGUACGGAAGAUAAGACCAGUCAGGCAAAAACCAUGAGGGGUGGAAGCGGCGGCAAUCCUGCAAUGGUCACCGUGCCGGCGUCAGCCUCGUUGAACAUCAUGACGGGUGACGACAGCAUGAGCGACGACGUCUUCGAGCUCGACGACGAGAUAUCAGAGGCGACACUUGACUAUGUGAACAACUCCGGUGGCGGAGGUUUGGCGCCCGGUAACAUCGGUGAACAAUUACCGGCUACUGCCCCCUCUCCGACUGGCUACAGAGACUACAAGCCACCCAUCGAGGUGCUCAACAAUUCCUACAGAUCCACGUCUCAGGGAUCUGAAAACGGCUCUGCGACACGCGGCAGCGUUAAGAAGACCACCAUAAAGGAUGAAGGCAUCGCGCACAAGACGAUUCUACUCGGCGACAGCGGUGUAGGAAAAACAUCGUUGCUGGUACAAUUUGACACCGGUAAAUUUCAGACUGGAAACUUUGCCGCAACUGUCGGAAUAGGAUUCACGAACAAAGUUGUCACGGUGGACGGAAUGCGAGUGAAACUUCAGAUAUGGGACACCGCUGGACAGGAAAGAUUUCGGAGUGUAACACACGCCUAUUACAGAGACGCGCACGCAUUGCUCCUUCUCUACGACGUCACCAACAAAACGAGCUUCGAUAACAUCAGGGCCUGGCUAGGCGAGAUCCGGGAAUACGCCCACGAUGACGUCGUCAUCAUGCUGCUGGGUAACAAAUCGGACUGCGGAGCUGAGCGAGCGGUGAGGCGUGAAGAUGGCGAAAGGUUAUCCCGGGAAUAUCGAGUACCCUUUAUGGAGACCUCGGCGAAGACGGGGUUGAACGUUGAGUUGGCUUUUACCGCGGUCGCAAGGGAGCUGAAAGCCAAGAAGAGCGGAAACCCCGACGAAACUCGUUUCAACGUUCAGGACUACGUCAGGCAGCAAUCUCAGCGUAAUACGUGUCUCGGUAGUAAUUGUCUUACCACGUGAGCGCGGUAAACGUACAAACUUAUAAACCCGCAGCCUCAUCGAUUCACCGCAAUUUUAGUAUGUAAACUUAAAACGAACGGCAGCUGCUUUCUUUGGAAAUGUCCCCCCUCCCCCUCCUUAACCAAUCGCAAUAUCGUCGCGUGUAGGCGAAUUAAUCGCCAAAAUCAACCUGCAAUGCUGAUAACUAUUAUAUCACAGUUUGCAAAAUCUUCUCUAUAAUUAUUUGUACUGUGCAGUCUGUUCGAUUCCUCGUAUCGUUUCAAUCAUUUUAUAUAUAUACACACAUAAAGUCGAAAUACGAAUUCGAAAAUUCAACCAACGACGAAUAAUUUUAGUUAUUGAUUACAUUAUACUUUUGGGUAAAUGCUUGUUCUACAUAGAGGAUAUCUGUUGUUUCACGUCUUUGGUGAUGUGACGAGUUUUAAGGUGUAUGGAUUGACGAAUAAAUAUUGGGCACACACUUUAAUUUGUAGAUAUGUAAUUAUCGCAGAGCGGUCCGAGCCAAGGUGAUUAUUUUUCCGAUUCUGAACUAUUUAGAAUAUCGACGAUUGUAUAGAAAUAAUUAUACCGUCACGUAUUUAGGUUCAGAUUCCUGCAUUUCAGCCAAUAUUUUCUCUCCACUUCCACUCACGAAUACUACGUACAAUUAUUAUAGACAUAUUAUAUGCAUAAAUAUUUAAACAGCGAUACGAGAAUAUAUUUGGAUUGUAAUAUUUAUAUCGAGAAUUGUAUAGAUACGAUGAUUUUUUUGUUUUUUUUUCUCUUCAAUAAUCCAUCUUUUCGAAUAUUAUUAUACGUAAUUACGUUCACAAAUUUUUACAACGACGGAAUACGAACCGAAUAGCCUUAGCACAGAUAAUAACGUCUCACUGCGCACCGAACAUUGAGAUUCCCACGUUAUUUAUACCAUUAAAACGAAUAAUUCUUACGCAAGCAUUAUAAAUCCACUUAGUCGUCACAAAGGAGUUUCCCCGCAGGAGGGAUUCGGUUCACGAAUUUGCCAAGUUUGUUAAUUUUAUAAUAUACAUAUACGUAUGUGUAAAUAUGUACACAUACAAUGCACAUUUAUGACGACUCGGGCGAGUGAAGCAUAUAUAUAUAUAUAUAUAUAUUAUAAACGGUUUACGUAACUGUAUAGCCAUAAGUAUGAACAUUUAUUUCUUAGGCGCGAUAUUACCGAAUUAAGUAGAUGCAUAGCUACUGUAUGUACAUGUGCAUAAUAAAUGAAAGGAAAUGCAGAACGUAGAAUAUUGUAGAUUUCGAAAUGUGUACAUGAAACAUGUUACUAUAAUGCAGCAUGUAAAUAUAUAUAUAUAGGUAUAUACAAAAAUAUAAUACGAAUUAUGUGAUGUGAAAAUUUCUGUGCGUAUUCUUGUAAAGACAAAAUUGGAUCAAUGAAUAAAUAUAUAUAGUAUUAUGUAUGAUACUAAGUUAAAUAUUAUUGGAAAAUUUACGGUGUCUGGACAUGAAACGAAGAUGUAUAUGAAA